AAACCAAACACAACACGGAAAUGGAAGUUAAACGGCGAACGGCUCGCUCGCUCGUCGCCAAGCUCAGCUCGGUUUCCGAACAGAUCCGUUCCGAGGCCCUUGCCGAGCUCCGCCUCAUCACAAAACAUGAUGCUGACAGCCGCCCCAUCGUCACGGAAGCAGGCGCCAUACCUUAUCUCGCCGAGAUCCUUUACUCGUCUUCAUCUACAUCCCAAGAGAAUGCAGCCGCGACUCUGCUUAACCUGUCUAUUUCCUCUCGUGCGACCCUCAUGUCCACUCGAGGCCUCCUUGAUGCGAUUUCCCAUGCGCUUAGUCAUUCUUCUUCGGAUGCCGCUGUACAAUCCUGUGCCGCCACGAUCCACAGCCUUCUCAUCGCCGACGAAUCGUAUCGCCCUAUAAUCGGUUCUAAACGCGACAUCAUUUAUUCACUGGUGAGGAUAGUCACGGACUCCAACUCCCCUGCUCGAUCUAUAAAGGACGCACUGAAAGCUAUGUUUGGAGUAGCGCUUUAUCCGCUAAAUAGGGCGACUUUGAUAGAUCUAGGAGCAAUUCCGGCGCUUGUGUCGAUUAUAGUGAGGGACGCACGGACAGGGAUUAUGGAGGAUGCGAGCGCGGUGUUGGCGCAAAUAGCGGGGUGUGAGGAGAGCGAGGAGGGACUAAGGAAGGCGGGAGGGGUGAGGGUUUUGGCAGAUUUGUUGGAUGAGGGAACCGGUGCUAGUAGAAGGAUAAAGGAAAACGCGGUGGCAGCACUGUUGAAUUUGGCCCGGUGUGGAGGAGAAAAAGGGAGAGAGGAAGUGAGGGAGGUGGCCAUGAAAGUGUUGGAGGGGAUUGCCGAUGUUGCAGAGAACGGUAGCAGCAAAGGGAAGGCAAAGGCGUUUGAUUUGCUCAAGAUUGUGCUUGAAGGGUUUGAGAUGGGCGAUUCAAGGUUUGACGAUUUGCUGAAUCACCACUCUAAAUGAAUGAAUGAAUGAAUGAAUCAGUUGUAAUUUGAGUUUCUUUCUUCAGAAUUAGUUGCAUAUAUUUGUACAAAUUAGGCUGUUGAAUAUUGGAUUAUGGUAAAUGAAUUGAAUUCAUUGUCUGGUUGUAGUGGCUUCUCUACUUCCAUCUUUGCAGGGUCAAGGCUGCUACAUUAAUAUUUGUUGGAUUAUGAAUAAAAUAUCCCUGAUAAG